AUGUCUUUCCUUCACGCGCGCAAAACACAACACAACACCAUCAACACUAACACGACACUGUACAUGACACCGUUCGGUAGGGCGCGAGCUUCCACGCAUUGCUUUGCAGCUUCAAGCUUGAUGUUGCUCGAGCGCCUGACAUGCCUAACGCGGUCCAAUGGCAUCAUCCAAGGGUCCAAGACGGCUCCGACGAUGCCGCUAGACGGCUUGGACGAGACCGCGUUCAGCCCAACGAAUCCCUGGGACAUCCGCGACCGUCAUACAUUUCGCGCCCACCGACCUGCCCCGUACUGA